AUGGAUGAUUCAUAUCUUUACGCCCCACCAAAUCCCUCGGUGGGUAAGCUGGUGAAGUGGAUUCUUGUCUUGCUUUUGCUAAGAGCAAAAAACCCAAUAAGGCUUACAGCUUUCCUUUCGCUCAACCCUACCAUCAGAAGCGUCAUCAAUGAUUGGCUCAGAGAUCAUACAAGACUCAAGGACCCUGAAACCGUUGACAGAAGGGCACGCAAAUUGGCCAACUUGGUCUCCGUGGGAAUCUUGUUUCUGGCUGUUGCAAACAAUCCACAGAUUCCUAAGGAUUACUGGCUGAUCUAUUUCUACACGGCUUACUUUGGUGAAUUGAACCCUCCCAGUUCUAGGAUCACGGUGUACCCUACAUUAUCCAAGGCUACUGGUAUUGAUAAGAUGAAGAAGAAGUCUUGGGUGCGCUACGUGUACACUAGAAAGCAUUAUGUUAUCUAUCCCGUUAUCUUUGGGCAGCUUUUAUCAAACUACUUGACUCCAACGCGAUACAAGCUUAACCACAAGUACUUGUCUGCGUCAAUCAAAAAUUAUAUCCUCAAUCCAAUUUGGGUGAACUACCGCCUUGGCGUCAACUCGCAGCUGGUCCAUUGGGUCGGUUUGUUACAGGCUUAUGUCAAGCACAAUGUCGUUCUUUUCGGAAUCUAUGCAUUGCUUUCCUUCAAGAACAGAGUAAUUGAUACCUACUACGAAGCAACCAAUGGUGCGUUUGACUUUUCACGUAUCAAGAUCCUACUUCGUCACUAUUUAAUCUUCGUUGGGCAUAAGGCGAAUGCUAUGGCUAACUUCAUCUACGGGCCCAACUUGGUCGCGAUGUUCCUCCUUUCAUUAACGGCACCAAUGCUUACUAGAGUCGGCUUCCUCAGAGAUAUUUACUUCGGCAACAUGAAGACAUUUGUCAAGAAUUAUAUCAAGAGCAUUGGUUUUGUCUCUGCUUUUGCAACCAUGAGUCUUGGACUACGGUUACCAGAGACGACCUGGAGACCCCAAAACAUCCGUCAAAUCAGUACCGGCUUUUACGACAGUCUCAACUCGUACUUGCUACGGUUGAUCAUUUUGUCAAAGUGGCGUAUUGUGAAAGAGAAUCACAGAUGGUUCUCUAUCAUAAACAUCCCUAACUGGGACAGAAUCGAGGCAUUCAUUCUCUGCUACGGUGUGUGGAACCUAAUGAAUCUCAACGACUAUAUUCUCAAGCAUCCACUCCAAAAGGAGUGCCAGAGGCUUGAGAAAGAAUCGCUCAUCAGAGCUGUUAAUCGGAUUAUGAAUUAA